CGCGUUUCAUCGACGAUAGAGCUGUCUGCCAGAACUCUAUCAGCAUCUGGUGAUGCUCGUGAUGGCCCGCUGGCAAGAGUAGCACCGCGACAACCGACAGUCUGCACAGUCAAACAAGCAUCCGACGGUUUCAGGGACAGAGCUUGUGCGUGACCUGACAAGUUUCAGCGGCUCCGAGUCAGCCAGACACGUGCACGACACUUUUCCACCCUCUCCAACAUCACCUUCUAGAAGGCGGCGUCAUGUCGAAUCCCUACUUUGACCGCGUCAUUUCGCCCAUGAGCAGUGAGCCUGGCGGGUCUAUUCUCUCUCCGCCCACGCCUUCCACGCCAACUGCAACUGCUGGCAACAAGUCCAAUGCCCUGCAAAACAGGGUCACGAGUGUACUCUCAGCCUCCUAUGCAGACCUCGAAAUCAGAGAUGCACUUAGCAUCUUGGAUGAGAGGGGCUUGCAGAACACCGCCGACACCCGACGAAAUCUCCGCCUCGAUGUGCAAGAGGAGCUAAUUCAAUGCAAUGGAGAAUUCAUCCACGAUUUUGGCAAGGUUGCCGAGCAGCUCAAGCGAAUUGGGACUGCCAUUGCAAAUCUCAAUGCCAGCUGUGUGGAAAUGCGAAAGCACGUCACAGCCUCCAGCCGCGAGACUGGUCCGAUGCUCGAUGAAGCAAAGUCCAUUCUGACAGAGAGACGUCAGGUCGAGACCAAACAGCAACUGCUCGAUGCCUUCACGAAGCAUUUCAUCGUGUCAGAUGCUGACCUUGCCACUUUGACCUCUACUGCGGAGCCGGUCAAUGACGACUUCUUCCGAAUUAUGACCAGAGUCAAGAAGAUUCACGAAGAUUCGCAGGUUCUGCUUGGCUCCGAAAAUGAGCGCUUAGGGCUCGAAAUUCUGGAACAAAGCUCACGACAGCUCAAUUCGACAUAUCAGAAGCUGUACAGAUGGGUGCAGCGUGAGUUCAAGUCACUGGAUCUGGAAAAUCCGCAAAUCAGCGCCGCCAUUAGACGAGCACUACGAGUGCUGGCCGAGAGACCAACGCUGUUUCAAAAUUGUCUGGACUUCUUCGCAGAAGCUCGAGAAAACAUCUUGUCGAACAACUUCUAUUCCGCUCUCACAGGCGCACCUGUCGAUGCAGAUCAUCCAGUCCUUGGCAAGGCUAUCGAGCUGUCGGCUCACGACCCCCUCCGAUAUGUCAGUGACAUGCUAGCAUGGGCACAUUCGGCCACCGUGUCCGAAAGGGAGGCUCUCGAGGUGCUCUUCAUCUCCGAAGGUGACGAAAUCGCGAAGAGCAUUCAAGCUGGCAUUGAAAGCGAGCCAUGGUCUCGCGCCGAUGGCGAGGGUGCUGCAUUGCCAUUCGAUGGUCGCAAAGCACUCAAUGAAUUGGUGGACCGAGAUCUUGCUGGCGUUUUCCGACAGCUGAAGCAGCGAACUGAACAAGUUGUACAGAGCCACGAAGAUGCAACGCUGGCCUACAAGAUCUCGAAUCUCGUGAACUUCUAUGCGGGCAUCUUCACGAACCUGCUUGGGGAGAGCUCAGCGCUGCUCGAAAUUCUUCGUCCACUCUCAGACAGUGCGCUUCGAGCGUUCAGAUCUACGAUGCGCGACCAUGUUGCAAACUUGCAAACAGACUUCGCUCUUUCUACAGACGACCUUGCGCCUGCUGACUUUUUGAUCGAUGCAUUGGAGACACUCAAGGUCUUGAUGAAGAGCUAUGACACAUCAGUAGCCAACGUGAGCCUUGCACAACGCAUUCAAGGCUUCCAGCCAAUUCUCCAGGAGGCCCUCGACCCGUUCUUGGCAGGCUGUGAGAACAUCACGACGCGACUGCGGAAACCAAACAGCCACAUCUUUGCCCUCAACUGUCUUCUUGCUACCAAGGAAGUCCUCGGCGCCUACUCCUUCGCGGAUCAGUCGGAAGCGCUACAGCCCAAGAUUGACGCCCAUGAACAAGAGCUCACUCAAUCCAUGCACAGAUGGUUCCUGAAACAAUCCGGCCUCGAAUUGCUCGCGGACAAUAUCACCUCGACAGACGACCUCGCUUCAUCGUACAAAGAUCCUGGCCAAAUCAUUUCUGUCGCGCAGCAACUCGACGCUUUCCUACCCACUGCUACUGAAGACGCAAGAGCAUUUCUUGCACAGCUAGAGAACAAGACUCUGGCUCGGAGGAUUAUUGAGAAUGCAGCAGAGAUCUUCUGCGAAGAUUUCCUGGAGAUUGAAACAUUGGUCGUACAGGCUGAUGAGCUGAGGAUGAAGCAGGUCAACGGAGACGUGGAAGAGGAGGUGUGGUUGCGAGAAGUCUUUCCCAGGACUGAGGACGAGAUCAGAGUGUUGUUGAGUUGAGCACAUACCCGGCUGGAGUGCUCCUCUGGAAUUUUUGCAUCAACGCACUCUCGUUCCCACGUCAGGACGGACAGGGUCAUGAUGCGCGACAAGAGAGACGAUCGGGCUUCGAUAUGGCAUUCGUGCUUGCUUGCCCUUCUCUUUCGGUGCCGAUUUUGCAAUCACGCGUCUACUGUCAACGUCAACAUAUGCACACGUGCGAAACACUCUUGGCACGCUGGAAAGAGCUCGGCGUACAAGUCCUCAAUUCUCAUCGCGUGAAUUUGUUGUCUUCCUCAGUCACGUCUCAUCAUGAGUUACACUGAUCACUCAUCAGCUUACACCAAACCGCGUAACUUCUGACCUUUCCUGAACACAACACCAUAUUCAUGCAACAUCCUCAACACCAUUGACCUAAAACGGUCGCUGCGUCCGUUCCUUCGGCUGGGAUGCUCCACCAUGCUAUCCACUUUCUUGCAGGACUGCACAGGCUGAACUUCGG